UGCUUGCUAUAUAUCGAGAGUACUCAUCACCUCGCUCUCUCUUGUCUUCCAGUACAAGCAAGCAGAGUGAGGUCUUGUCACCUUGUUCACGCUCCACAGUCCACACAGAUCAAAAGCUUGAGGAGGUCAGGUAGCAACUUGUCGCAGGGCAGAAUGCCGCUCUCUCCUCCUCCAUAGCUGGCCUCUGCCCUCAAAUCUACUACUUACCUGCCGUGGCGGUGUCGUCGCUUGUGCCUUCACGUCACGUGUUACGCCUUUUCUGAUAGAGUAGCUUACCCGUGGCCGUCAGGGGCGGCGCAGGCUAUGGAUCAGACGGAAGAGCAGCAGCAGCAGGCGGCUGCAUCGGCGCCUGUGACUGUGAGCUGCUGCUGCCGCCCGCCCACUUGCCCACCAUGGCUCCAAGCGGCCAUUGCAGACAUGGAGCAGCGGGUGCGCGCGCUGGCGGUGGACGAGGCGGUGACGGAGCACUCCUUCGCGGAGCGCGCCGAGAACUACUACCAGAAGCGGCCGCAGCUGUUGGCCCUCCUCACCGACCUCCACAACCGUUACCUCUACCUCGCCGACCGCUACUCCCAGUCCCUCCUCCUCGCCAAGCCGCCCCACAUCAUCGACCACGCAGCUGGCGCGACCUCCGACUGCUCCUCCGACGUCGACGACCGCUCCUCCGACGCCGACAGCUCCCUCUCCUUCCAGCAGCCGCUCACCAGCGGCACUGUCACGGAUGACGUCGCUCUAUCCACGUUGCCCGCGGACGCUGAUCUGCUCGUGGCGGAGCUGGUGCUGGCGUGGAUGGACCGCGACAUCCUGGCGGACGAGGCCGAGCGCCGGAGGACGGAGUCAGCGAGGAAAAUCGAGCUGCAGGGGAGCCUCGUGGAGGUGCUGGAGUCGGAGCGUCUGGUGCUGCUAGGCGAGAACGCGCGUCUGGGGUUCCGCGCGUCGGCAGCCGAAGAGGAGGCCGCCGCGGCUGCCGCCGAGCUUGGCUACAUGCGUCGGCGCGCGGCGGAGAUGGCCCGGAUGGUGGUGAAGCUGCGCGAGGACCACCGCAUGUGCAUGCUGGGCCGCAAGAUGGAGGCGCUGCAGGCGCAGGUGUACGGGCUGGAGCUGCGGAACCGGGAGUGCUACGAGGAGAUGGCGGCGUGGGAGGCCGAGCGGAAGGUGGGCGCCGUUGAGAUCGAGAGGCUUCGCGCCGAGAACCGUCGGCUGGCCGCGGUGGCAGCGGCGGGGCGGAAGCGGAAGGGUAGGAGCGGCGGGUGGUGGUGGUGGUGGCCGAGGGUGGCGGAGUGGACGCCCGCCCCGUCGGCGGUGACGGUUAGGAAGGUCGGGGAGCAGAUGAAGGGCAGGGACGGCAAGUACUACGGCGGUUGCUUCUGCAUCUAGAGCCGUCGGCGCCGGCGUUGGACUCGUUUGGUUUCUGGUGGUAUUAUCUAUCUAGGGAGAUUUACCAUGUACCAUCGACUAGUAGUAGUGCGAGUACUUUUGUUAGAGAGAGAACGCGGGAUGAAGAGGGAGGGUCUAGCAGCAGUGAGGGGUUAC